CUCGCUCGCUUUGCCAGCGGAGGGGAUGGUCCGGAGCAGGUACAAACCCAGGCCGACAGGAUCCUAAAUGGCUCCAGUAGGAAAGGAAAACCAGCAAAUAUCGUUACCUUUUCCAAAGACCCCUGACAAACCAAAUUGGAAGGAAAACACUUUGCUGGCUGGAGGCACUUUGAGCAGCAGUAAGAUCCCGGUGCUUUCCAAAAGCAGACACCCUGCAGAGUGGAGACAAUCCCAGCCACAGCCAUGUUCUUCCAAAGCGAGGACUUGCAAGAUGUCUCAUUCCAAUCCAGUUCUGGAAGUGGCAGCUGGGUUACCCCCCAAGACCCCUAUCAGAGAACCCUUAUCAGACAUGCAGUUAACCACCUCUGGUUAUAGGAAUAAAAGUGAUGUAUCUCAUGGCAAAGAAGUGAACUCAGUCGAGUUUGUUUCUGACCCAGAAGCUCUUGCCAGCAUACUAUCCAACACGGGGCUGACUCACCAGAUGGUGAGUGCAGCUCACAAGCCCAGCCUGGCCCAGCGAGUUCCUCUGAAAGGGAAGAGAGCGUGCUUAACCAGCAUUGGGGAUGCCCAUGGCUCCCUGGAUACAGAGGCAGCUACGAUGGACCCUUUCCGCAUGUCCCAUAUUUCUACGUCUGCUUCAAUAGAUUUGGAUCAGCCAAGCAACGUUCAUGGGGACAAGAUGUCGACACAAAGCAGCUCUGUUGGCAGGAAGGAAAUCACAGGAACCUCUGGGAAAGAGGAAAAGUUCACGCCAGAUGCAGCAGCGAAAGCAAGCAUCCUUUUGAACAUAGGCUUGAGCCACUCCAGCUUUGGAGCCACAGGCAAAGUGAGCCUGGCCCAGCGAGUACCACUGAAGGAUGCUCGGAAACCACCAGGAAGGUGCGACAAUAUGCAGGGAGAAGGUCUUUCCCUGUCGCAGCCCCGCACAGCUGUUAUGUCAGCAGGGAAGUAUGGCCGUGUGUCCUGCUAUACUACUCCAGGCACUAAAGGUCUAGAGAAGUUGGAAGCUUCUGGAACCCAACAAACAAAUACACCAUUUGGAAGGUGUUCCAUUAUUGAAGGGUCACCUUAUGGACUGGCCAGAAGAGUUCCUAUUACUAACUCUCAAUCCUUGCGUUGUGCAACUUGGACACGUCACCGUAUACCUCCUACUAUCUGUACCACGGACAAAAGGGUCAAAAGGUUUGACAGAGUCACUGGACAGAUGGGAUCAAUUGGCUCCAAGGAGGAAGAUGCACCUGUGCCCUGGGGGAAAAUAGCUGUGCGUCUUUUUGAUGAGGAAACGUCAACAUCAUUGAAGAAAGUGGCAGCUGUUCCUGCGAUUAGCAAAGAAAUGGGAAAGCUUCAGCGUAUUGAGUAUCUCGCCAAGCUCUUGCAGCAGGAGAUGGAUGGUGACAUUGAUUAUGAGGAGACCCCCUCACUAAAGGAAUUGCACAAGCGCUUGACGGUUCACAGCCCACCAACUCUGGAAGCUUCUGAGCCUGAACUAUCUUCUACACCUCCCCAGGAUCCUAAGCCAAGCUUGUAUGAACAGGCUCCAGACUUGAAAAAUGUGACUGUUACCCCUGUACCUUGCUUCACCCACACCACCUCCAGCCAGAUGCACAUCUGCCCCAGCCCCUCCCUGCAAGAAGUCAGCUGCCCUUCAUCCAGUGUGACGAGUACAGGUCUCGUAAAACAACGGUUGGAUCACCUCCGCACCGCCCCCCUUCGUUUCCAUGAAGCCUGCCUAAAUGACGAAUGUGCUUUCUACACUUCUCGCCUUGUCUCCCUGGUUCAGCCCUCGGUGCCUCGGUGCCAAGAGCCGGUAGCAAAAAUUCUCAACACUCACGAUACCAUGCACUUUACACCCAUCUUGGCAUCUGCACCGCUUUCCCCAUCUUCAGAGGAAGAAAGGACUCCACUCUCCUGAAAAAAGGGAGCCAUGCCUCUGUUUUGCGGGUUGGCCGAUGGAAGACAGUAGUGCUCAGAAAGGAAAGGAGAAAAAGCUGCAAAAGCCAUUGUGGCAAAGACCUCCCAAGACUUUACAUUUUACAGGAUGCACUAACAUUAAUUGUAAACAGGUUUUUUUUUUUUAAUAAAUAUAACUGUAAAAAAGUUGC